AUGGGUGACCCAGAAGAAGGAAGCCACAGGAAAGAAGACAACGGGGCCAGAUUGGUUAGGUAUUUGAAAAAAUGCAUGCCAACGAAGCAAGGUAUUGGUAAAUUCUUCGCUUAUACUCGCCUUCUCUUCUCGCUGGACUACACCAAGACCGAUGUCCUCCUAAUUCUCGCCGGCUUCUUCUUUUCCAUAGCCGCCGGAAUUCCAUUUCCACUGUUGGGAAUCGUCUUUGGCGAAUUGAUCAAUGAUCUCAACACGGCCACUUGCUCGCCAUCCGAGAAUGUCGAUACCAAUGUGGCAGAUGGCGUACAGAAGAAGGUGCUAUAUGUGAUUUACAUCACAAUUGCCAAUUUCUGCUUCAUAUACAUCCAUUGCAGUUGCUGGAGUUACAUCAGUGAACGUAUUGCAAGGAGAUUUCGCCGACGUUAUUUCGAAAGCAUCAUCAGACAAGAAACGGGCUAUAUCGAGGGUCUUCCAGCAGGGGAUGUGAUCUCCCGACUGGUCAGCGAUAUUGAGGUGGUACAAUCAGGGACAUCCGAGAAGGUGGGACUUGUUAUUUCCACACUCUCGUACUUUGUCACAUCGUAUAUCGUGGCCUUCAUCAAAGUACCGCAGAUUGCUGGAAUGCUAGUCUCGGUCGUGCCGUGCUAUUUUCUCAUGUCAUAUGUCGGUGGCUACUACAUUAAAAAGUAUGCGGGUCGCAUCGCAGAGCAUGUCAAUGCUGCGACGUCUAUUGCCUCAUCUAGUCUGUCACAUCUGACCCUUGUGCAUGCUUUCAACUCCCACGACCGCUUGGAGAGGCUGUAUUCCGACCAUCUUGCCGGAUCAAGAAUGGACGCACUUAAAAAAGCAGGAACGCAUGCAGCCCAACUAGGUCUACUCUACUUCAUCGCCUACAGCUCAAAUGCUUUAGCCUUCUGGGAAGGCUCUCGCUUGAUUGCAGAUUCCGUCGAAGCAGGUGGCUCUGGAACAUCCGUCGGUGCAGUUUAUACUGUGAUCUUUGUUCUUAUUGAUGCCUCUUUUAUUCUCAGCCAAGUCGCUCCAUUUGUCCAUGUCUUUGCAGCUGCCGCUGGAGCAUCUGAUAGACUUCUGACCGUCAUCAACCGCGACUCACUGAUUGACGGAACAUCCGAUUCUGGUGAUAAAACAGCACCAUUUGAUUCAGAGAACAUAACUUUCCAGAAUGUCAAAUUUACCUAUCCAUCUCGCCCGGAGGUACCGGUUUUACAGGGAGUCGAUUUUGCCAUUCCUCCCCGGAAACAUACUGCGAUAGUCGGCCCUUCUGGUGGAGGGAAAUCAACCAUCGUUGCCCUUCUUGAACGUUUCUACGACCCCGAGUCGGGGGGUAUCUAUAUCGGAAAACAAAAUUUUCGUGACUUGAAUGUGCGCUACCUGAGAGGAAAUAUUGGCUUCGUGCAGCAAGAGCCAUCCCUACUUGAUCGGUCGAUCUUGGAAAAUAUCGCAUACGGUCUGGUCACCUCCGCCUCGGAACCCCAUAUCGCUCUCGCUCCCUUUAUUCUUAAUUCAAGCCUAGCGGAUCUAGCAGAAAUGAUGCGCAUCGGCUUAUCUGAGAAAAAUGCACUUGAGAACCAUGACCCCGAAGUUACCGAGAUUAUGAGACUGGUCCGAGAAGCUGCAUCUAGCUCAAAUGCGCUCACUUUCAUCGAAGCUCUUCCGCAUGGCUUUGCGACCAGCGUAGGAUCCUCCGGUAGCCAAUUGAGUGGUGGUCAAAAGCAGCGUAUUGCACUUGCUCGGGCUCUUGUCCGGGAUCCCGCACUUCUUAUUCUUGAUGAAGCGACGGCGGCCCUGGAUUCAACCAGCGAACGCUUGAUCCAGGACGCGUUGGCGAAGGUGGCCCAACGUGUUACUAUGGUGUCAAUUGCUCAUCGCCUAUCCACUGCGAAAGACGCUCAUAAAAUUGUGGUUAUACAAAAGGGGAUUGUUGUUGAGGAGGGGUCUCAUACUGAUCUGGUUGCCCAAGGUGGCUCCUAUGCUGAGAUGGUUCGUCUCCAGAACCUUGGAAAGCUAAGUCCUGCAGUAUCAAUAAAAUCGGAUUUGAUUCGUGAAGCAAGAGAAGCAGAAAACAGCGAAAAUCACACAAUCGAUACGAAAGGAGCUCUUCUUGAAGCUCGUGGAAUCGACGUCACGGAUGAAACGAUAUUUACUGCUCCCAACGGGAAUGGGACCAACAAAAAGGGAAAGCCACAAAAAAAGGGCGAAAAAAGGAAGCGGAAACGCUCAGGCUGGUUUACCACAAAAUUCACAUUUACGCUGCUUCGCCCCAAUAUGCAGUUUGUGCUGCUAGGCCUGGGCAUGUCUAUUGUCAUUGGCGCGAGUUAUACAGCGGAAGCUGUCAUCUUCGGUCAUACAGUCGGUAGUCUAAGCCCCUGCAUUGGAGCAGAUGGUAUCCGACAUGGCGGUCACCUCUAUGGACUUCUGUUUUUCAUCGUGGCACUUAUCGAGCUCUCAGCCAACGUGAUAGGUGGAUGUGCCUUUGGUUGGGCGGCUGACAAGGUCCUUUAUCGUAUUCGCGUUUUGUCUCUGCGAUCUCUGCUAGGCCAAACCAUUCCAUGGCAUGGAAUGGAAGACCGGACCCCAGAAAUUCUCCUCGCAUUCAUUACGGGAGACGCAACUUCGCUAGGAAACAUCACGGGAACGACUAUAGGUUUGUUGCUAGCCACAGCCGUAAACCUGGUGGCUGGGCUCGUCGUUUCCUUUAUCUUUGCAUGGAAAAUUGCCAUCGUUCUUGUUCCAGCUAUUCCAGUUCUCCUGCUAGCUGGUAUGAUGAAGCUCCGAACACAGGCCAACUUUUCUGAGCGGCACCAGAAGGCGUUUGCACGGGCGACUGCGGUCACAGUGGAGGCCGUUGACAACAUUCGAGCUGUAUCGGCAUUCUCGCUGGAAAAACAGUCCUAUGCUGCGUUCGAGCGGGCAAUGAAAGCUCCCUAUCGUGAGACCCUUCGUUCCAUCGCAUUUGGUAACGUUUUUCUGGCCCUUGCCUUCAGCAUUAGUAAUCUUGUUUAUGCAUUGGCGUAUUGGUGGGGUACUAAGCAGAUCACGUCUGGUGCCUAUACCCAGGUGCAAUUUUUCAUCGUGUUACCUGCUCUUCUAUUCAGCACUCAAUCUUGUGGACAGAUGUUUGCUCUCGCCCCAGAUAUCUCGAAGGCAGGGAUUGCUGCCUCAAAUAUCGCUGAGUUGCUUACCACUCGGUCGGCUGACGAGGAAUUGAUGUUUGAGAUCUCGACAAAGACCAUGGCCAACGAUCUUUAUCUUUUGGAUGAAAAGAUACCCGACCCAGAAGCGGCACACCACGAAGAGAGAGCCCCAAGCUCCCCAGGUGCUCCCCCCGCAAUGACUGGUAUUGGUGCCGAACUGCAAAACGUUCACUUUGAGUACCCGUCACGACCAGGUCAGCCAGUGCUUUGCGGCCUGAGCCUCAGGAUAAAAGCUGGCCAAUUCUGUGCCCUGGUUGGCCCGAGUGGCUCAGGCAAGUCCACAACAUUUGCAAUGCUAGAGCGAUUCUAUCGACCAGAAUCAGGCGCCGUGAUCAUUGAUGGCGUGGAUGUGACGCGGCAGCUAGGAACAAAAUUUCGCGACGAUAUCGCUUUAGUACCCCAAGAAAACGUGUUGUUCGAAGGCACCGUCGCCUUCAACAUUGGCCUUGGCGCUCGGCCUGGCCACGAGCCCACCCAAGAGGAGAUUGAAAAGGCAUGCCGCAUGGCUAACAUUCACGAAGUUAUCGAGGCCCUACCGAAGGGCUAUCAAACACAAUGCAGCCACGACGGAAAACAAUUCUCCGGUGGACAGCGGCAACGGCUUUCGAUUGCUCGUGCUCUGGUCCGUCAACCGCGCAUGCUGCUGCUUGAUGAAUCCACCAGCGCUUUGGACGUGGAAUCCGAAAAAAAGAUCCAAGAUGCGUUGGCUACGCUUGCCGGGCGUACGACAAUAAUUGCGAUUGCUCACAGGCUGAAUACCAUCCAUCGAGCAGAUUGUAUUUAUCUCAUUGAAGAAGGCCGCUGUGUUGAACAAGGGACUCAUGACGAACUUGUCCAGUGCAGCGAGACGUACAGGACGAGCGUUAUCCACCAAUCUUUGGAAACAUGA